AGCAUUACACAUUACUGAGCUUGAGCUUGAAACAUUUAUAAUUAUUAUAUCAAAUUCGGUUGGUUUCUUUACUGUGGGAGUUGCUAACAAUAGUUUUCCAUGAUUGAAUUAUGUGUUUCAGGUGACACACGCGGACUUUAAGAAGGCGAAAGAGAAGGUAAUGUUCAAGAAGAAGGAAGGAGUGGACUUUAUAUGUGAUAGGAUUGUCCAAUGUUAUUGGAGAACUAUGCCACCAUUGGAAGAUGAAUUAAAACCCAAAACUUUCGUUUAUUGUUAUUCAAACUCAUAAUGGAUUCCCUUUAAAAAAAAAACCCAUAUUCUACUGAAUUGUAAAUUCUUCUUCUCCCAAAACCAUAUUCUUCCCAAAAGGACAAGGGCUUCGAGACAGCCAGCGACAGCGAGUUUGGGAAUAGCGAUGACGAUGACAAUCUCACUGUCUGAGAAAAUGGCCGGCCGGUACGGAUUCUCGUCAUCGUCUUUUUCUCAGGCGACCAUGAAGGUCACCACCACUCCAUCUCCGGAUCUCGCUCUCACCAAUCUCGCUUACGUCUAUCCCUCUGAUCUCCAAAACUUCGCUGUCCCUAGCUCCAAGCUUUUCCUCGCAUUGAUCGGAAACUCAUUCGUUCUUUCUCUUUGUCCUCAUCCAAGCAUACACAAUGGAGAAAUCGCUCUAAAUGCAAUCCAACUUCGGCAUGCGAAAGUUUCUACUGGCGAUGUUGUACUGGUGAUCAGAUUUAUUCCACCUGAUGAGUCUAACCUGGCAUUGCUCACUUUAGAGUUAGAGUUUGUGAAAAAGGGUACUAAAAGUGAACAGGUUGAUGCUGUUCUCUCGGCCAAUCAUCUUAGAAAGAGGUUUAUUUACCAGAGUGAAGAAAAUGGCAUGGAGAUGACAAAUUUCUCAGAAUUUGAAGGAGUUUUUUGAAAGACCAACUAGACAAAUACCUAACUAAAUUGGAGAGAGUAUAGCUGAUGGCCAACAAGUUGUUUAACUAAAAUAUGGCCAACAACUUUAAUGGUGUAAGGUUUGUAAUUCUUCAGUUGAUGUGGAAAGGCAUGCUAUUGACUUUAUGGAGGCUGCUAAAAAGCUUCAAUUCCAUUUAAUUGGCCUGCAACGUGAAGAUGAACCAAGCAGGGCUGAAACACUGAGAAAGGUUAUUGCAUGAUUUUUUGAAAGUUAAAACGGAGCUUAUCAACAAACAUGAGAAGUUGAUUCAAGGGUGGAGAAAAGAAUUGAAAGACCAACUAGACAAACAGUACCUAACUGAAUUGGGAGAGAGUAUAGCUGAUAGCCAACAGGUUGUUUAACUAAAAUAUGACUUUCGCAAGUUGUCAUUGGCAUAAUUUUAUUAGUCUUUUGUACAACAUGUAGAGCAUUUUGUUCAGCUUUGUUAGAAGUGAAAGUGUUGGUCUAGGAUUGACGAAAGGAAUUGUAUGACUAUGUUUUGAUAAGCAAAUCAGUUUUUCUUUGUUGACAA